AGUAUUGAAAUGAAUGUAGAGGCGUUGCUGUCGGGGAUCUUUAGGGCAUCAAAAAGAGUUGAAUCCCGCGAAAAACGCUAGCCUCGUCUCGUUAUCUCUCUGAUAUAUAAAUUUAUUUAAAAACUCAUAUUUUUUGGUUUUUAUGCAAAUUUAUGAUAUGGAAGACAUAGAACGUUUUAUAAAGAUCGUGCAGCAAAAAAGACUCAUUAACCAACGCGAAUUGGAACAUCUUGAUGUACCAUCUGACGAACAUAAGAAAUUGAUGAAGGAAUUACAAGAUUUAAAAAGUAGAUGCAUUCUUUAUCAUUUUUUAUUUUUCAUUAAAAGAGAAAGAGAACUGUGCAAGGAGAAUAUUAUAAAACAUCUUGGUAUAAUUACAGGGCACAAACACUCUAUACACAAGCUUGUACAAUCCUCAAAGGAUAUUUCAGGCUUGCCUGUUCCACAUGAUUAUGCGCAAGACUUGACAAUAAUGUUUACUGAUGCGAUAGAAUUCUUGAAUAACAUAGGAGAUACUUAUAAAGCAUUUACCAACGUUAAGGAAAAUAAUAUGGAUAUUUUGCAGCUUACUCACAAUGUGGGAACAUGCGUCAAAACUGUAGAAAAUGAACUAUAUCAAAUAAAACAUAAUAUUGCACAGUUAGAAACAUUGAAGGAGAAUAUAGCGGUACUUCAACAAUGCAUCAUAGAUACUAGCGAUAAUAUAGAUGAUGAAAGUAUGACUUUAACUAAUAGUGGUGAAUCAACAGACAGUGGAACAACUAUUAAGUAAUAUAUUAAUAUUUAUUGUCCAUUACUUAGAAUAUACAAAAUAUCAAACAGAGGUAUGAGAUAUAUAUUUAUUAAGUGUUAUAUUAAAAUUUCAUGGCAGUCAUAUAUAUUGAAUAUCAUCUAGUUGAUCAUCCAGAUUUAACUUUAACAUUACCAAUUGAGGAUCUACAACUUCCUG